AAUCGGCUCCAGGAGGCAGAGUUCUCCCCGUGGCCGCCAUUAUAGAAAGGAAUCCAUGAAUUCAAAUGGAAACCAUCAGGAACAGAGACCGAAAUAAUGGCUAAAAUGACCGAAUAUUUUUAAUCGUGUGUUCGGUUUCGAGGAUCUUUUUACGGAAUGUUUUACGAUUUUAAGUGUAUUCCGAUGGAGAUGGAGGUGUAGAGGGUCGUUUUUAGUAAAGACCGUUGUAAGCUAAGGGGGAGGGGGAGAGUUGCUUCUUUGCUCUCCCUUUUCUUUUUGUUUUAAGAACAUUUUACGCCUGUGUUUUUAAUGAACUUUAUAUAUGCUCGCUUACUCGACGCAGAGUUGCGCUGCUUCUAAUAUUUAAGGCGAUAUUUAAGGCGAAUAAGAGUAGUCGUACGGGGUUGUUGAAUUACAUUCUCCAACCGAUUGUUUAAAAUAAUUCUCUUAGCUCUGCUUACAGCCAUCAUAUAAAAUAGAUUCGAAAACCGUUCUUUCUUUCCUGGGAACUGUAAUGAUGGAAUGUUCGACCCUGCUGUAAAAGGAUGAGUUCUUGUUUUGUACCAAACGGGGCCAGCUUGGAGGAUUGCCAUUCCAAUCUAUUCUGUCUGGCCGACCUGACAGGCAUCAAAUGGAAGCGGUACGUGUGGCAGGGGCCGACCUCGGCGCCCAUGCUGUUUCCGGUGACGGAGGAGGACCCCAUCCUGGGCAGCUUCAGCCGCUGCCUGCGCUCCGACGUGCUGAGCGCCUGGCGGCGGAGCGCCCGGCAGGGACGCCGCGAGCUCUGGCUCUACUGGUGGGGCGACGACCCUAACUUCGCCGACCUCAUCCACCACGAGCUCAACGCUGAGGACGAGGGCCUGUGGGAGAGCGGCCUGUCGUACGAGUGCCGCACGCUCCUCUUCAAAGCCAUCCACAACCUGCUGGAGCGCUGCCUGAUGAACCGCAGCUUCGUGCGCCUGGGCAAGUGGUUCGUCAAGCCCUACGAGAAGGACGAGAAGCCCAUCAACAAGAGUGAGCACCUGUCGUGUGCCUUCAGUUUCUUCCUUCAUGGCGACAGCAACGUGUGCACCAGCGUGGAGAUCAACCAGCACCAGCCAGUCUACCACCUCAGCGAGGAGCAUCUCACCCUGGCCCAGCAGGCUAGCACCCCCUUCCAAGUGAUUCUGAGUCCGUUUGGGCUGAACGGUACGCUGACGGGCCAGUCCUUCAAGCUGUCGGACCCGCCCACCCAGAAGCUGAUUGAGGAGUGGAACCAGUUCUAUCCCAUCAGCCCCAGCGCCAAGGACAAGGACAACGAGGAAAAGAUGGAAGACGUGGACUGGGAGGACGACUCACUAGCCGCCGUCGAAGUCCUCGUCGGCGGUGUGCGGAUGGUGUACCCGGCGUGCCUGGUGUUGGUGCCCCAGGCGGACAUCCCCAUCGUGCUGCCAGUGGGGGCCUCCCACGGCUCGGCCGUCUACCCGGGGGGCCACCAAGUGCCUGUCUCCCAGCGCGACCCUGCCAUCUCCUCAGUCACCCUCACCCCACCCACCUCACCUGAGGAGGCCCAGACAGUGGACUCCCACUCUGCCCAGAAGUGGGUGAAGUUGUCGUCGGUGAUGGACGGCUUCAGCACGGACAGCACCAGUCACCACGGCGGCAAGAUCCCGCGCCGCCUGGCCAGCCAGGUGGUGGAGCGUGUCUGGCAGGAGUGCAACCUCAACCGCACGCAGAACAAGCGCAAGUUCUCGGUGACGGCCAACGGUACCAGCGAGGUGGACGUGCCGGAGAAGAUCGGGGCGUGGGACUUUGUGGAGGCCACCCAGCGAUCCACCUGCCACUGCUCCAGACAUAAAAAUCUGAAGGCGAGAGCGGGCACCACCCCGGGGCAGCCCCCCGCCGCUGGCCAGACCCCGGGCCAGCCGGCCACCAAGCACAAGACGGGCGACAAACCGGAGAAGGCAGAGAAGCAGCAGAAGCGGCCACAAACGCCCUUCCACCACCGCAACUCCAUCUGCGAGGACCAGGCCCUGGAGGCCGACGCCAGCUCGCGCCUGGCUCUGCGUCCGCCCGACGGCGGCAGCGCCUCCACAGCCUCCUCGGGUUCAGCUGCUCGCUUCCCCGGCAUGCGCCCCUCUGACGGCGGGUCCAAGCCCCCCCAGCUGCACGGAGGUGCGGCGGGAGCCGGUGGAGGUGCAGGUGGUGGUGGUGGAUCGGGGCCGGGCUCUGGAGGACCACCCGAGCUGGCCGGCUCCCCCCAGCCGCCCCCUCUCAGCCCGCACCCCUGCGAGCGCAGCGGCACCGGCGGCGAUGAGGGUGGAGACGCCAUGAAGAACCCCUCCACGCCGCACAGCCAACACUUCUACCCGGCGCCCGGCUCUGCCAACGCCUCGGAGCCCUGCCUGCUGCCGCAGAAGGGUGGUGCGGGUGGCGCAGCGGACGGAGAGCCCCGGAUGGUGGAGUCGUCUCUGCCCGGCGGCCCCGCUCCCCCGGCCUUCCACGCCGGCUACCCGCCCGAGCACCUGGAGCCCGUGGUGUACGUGGGCGCGGCGGUGAGCCAGGAGGACGAGGCCGGAGGCGGCAGUGGAACGGCGCCCUGGCGCUUCUUCAACCUGCCCCGGAGGAAAGACAGCGAGUUCCCCACGCCCGCGCUGCCCGGAGAUAAGCUGAGGGACGAGGCCGCCUUGUCUGCUGAUGCCACCGUGUCCGUCACCGAACUGAUGGCCACGUCCAAGCGUGCGCUGAAGGUGUCGGAGGAGCGCGUGCAGAUGUACGUCGCGAAGAGCAACAAGUACCUGGCGUCGGCCGGCCUCUCGGACGGCGACCUGGAGCCCGAGGUGGACCCCUACGCCUUCGAGGACGGCGACGUCAAGUUCUUCUUCCCCAACGAGCGCAAGGACAAGUCGGGCCGUGAGCGCGAGCCGGGCAAGAGGAACAAGGGAGAAGACGGUGGAGCUGGACCCUCAGAUGAUGGUCAGCGUGCCGCUCCCCCCGGCCGCACUGCCCCGGCCAGCCUGAUCCACGAAAACGACCUGGCGGUCUCCAUGAACGAUCUGGACAACCUCUUCAACUCGGACGAGGACGAGCUCGGCACGCCGGGUGCCAGACAACGCAGCGGCCUCAACGGGACCGACGACAAGUUUGGCGCCAAGGAGCCCAAACCGGCCACACUAGACCCUGUGCCCUGCAUCAGCUCUGCCGACCUGCACCAGAUGUUCCCGACGCCCCCCUCCCUGGAGCAGCACAUCAUGGGCUUCUCCCCCAUGAACAUGAGCAGUAAGGACCCGUACGGUGGCAUGGACCCCGGCGCCGGCAUGACCUCGCUGGACGGGGCCGCCGCCCUCGGGGGCCAGUUCAAGAUGGAGGUGGAGGAGAGCUUCUGCAGCCCCAAGCCCUCCGAGAUCAAGGACUUCUCCUUCGUCUACAAGCCGGAGUUGUGCCAGGCGUUUGUGGGCUGCUCCAUGUUUGCGCCGCUCAAGGCGCUCCCCAGCCAGUGCCUGCCGCCCAUCAAGCUGCCUGACGAGUGCAUCUACCGCCCCAGCUGGACCGUGGGCAAGCUGGAGAUGCUCAACCCCAUGCCCCCCAUGACCUUCCUCACCAAGGAUGGUAACAUCCCAAGCGUUGGCAGUGCCAUGGACCAGGACUACAUGCAGACGUACACGCCACAGACCCACACGCCGCUCAUGCCCAACAGCGCGCCGCCCAGCAACAGCGCCACCACGGGCAUCCUGCCCUCGCCGGCAACGCCACGCUUCUCUGCGCCCACGCCGCGGACGCCCCGGACCCCGCGCACGCCCCGCGGCCCAGCCAGUGUGCAGGGCUCGCUCAAGUACGACAACUCGGACCUGUACUCGCCCGCCUCCACCCCCUCCACCUGCCGGCCCCUCAACUCGGUGGAGCCGGCCACCGUGCCGUCCAUCCCCGAGGCCCACAGCCUCUACGUCACGCUCAUCCUCUCCGAGUCCGUCAUGAACCUCUUCCGCGACUGCAGCUUCGACAGCUGCUGCAUCUGCGUCUGCAACAUGAACAUCAAGGGUGGGGACGUGGGCGUGUACAUCUCCGACCCCAACAUGGAGGCGCAGUACCCGUGCGGCUGCGGCUUCAGCGCCGUGGUCAACCGGCGAUACGGCAACGGCUCGGGCCUCUUCCUGGAGGACGAGCUGGACAUCAUCGGGCGCGGCUCGGACAUGGGCCGCGAGGCCGAGAAGCGCUUCGAGCACCUGCGCAACUCCUCGCUGGAGCGCACGGCCGGCUUCGGGAGCGGCAAGGAGCGCGGCGUGCCCGACGAGCUGAUCCUGCUACUGCAGGACCAGUGCACCAACCCCUUCUCACCCAUCGCCGCCCUGGACACCGAGGGUGCCACAGGUGGAAGUGUCAAUUGCAGCGGAAGUGGAGGAGCAUCAGGGGGGUCGGGUCCUGCCCUGCUGGGCGCCAUGCCCUCAGCGCCCCCCUGCGUGCGCGUGGAGGAGCGGGACUACCGCAGCGACUGCUACAUGGCCCUGGAGCACGGCCGGCAGUUCAUGGACAACAUGUCCGGCGGCAAGGUGGACGAGACGCAGGUCAAGAGCACCUGCCUGCACCACUGGGCCAAGCAGAGUGCGGUGGAUGUGAGUGCGCUGUGUUCUCAGGAUGUGUUGCGGGUGCUGCUCUCGCUGCAGCCGGUGCUGCAGGACGCCAUCCAGAAGAAGAGGACGCUGCGCUCCUGGGGGGUGCAGGGCCCGCUCACCUGGCAACAGUUCCACAAGAUGGCCGGAAGGGGCUCUUAUGGCACGGAUGAGUCUCCGGAGCCGCUGCCCAUCCCCACCUUCCUGGUGGGCUACGAGUAUGACUUUGUGGUGCUGUCCCCGUUCGGGCUGCCCUACUGGGAGAAGCUGCUGCUGGACCCCUUUGGUUCGCAGCGCGACGUGGGCUACCUGGUGGUGUGCCCCGACUCGGACGCUCUGCUCAGCGGAGCCAAGAGCUUCUUCAAGGAGCUGACGGCAGUUUACGAGUCGUGUCGUCUGGGCCAGCACCGGCCCAUCUCCAAGCUGCACGCCGACGGCAUCGUGCGUGUGGGCAGUGCUGCGGCCAAGAAGCUGUCGGACCAGCCGGUCAACGACUGGUUCCUGCGGGCCGCCAGCAGCAACAACGACUCCUUCGCCAAGCUCAAGCUCUUCGCCCAAGUCUGCCGGCACGAUCUCGCUCCAUACCUCUCUUCUCAGCCACUGGAUGCCUCUCUCCUCACCCAGCCCAACCCCGCCCCCGUGGCCUCCAGCCUAUCAGCAUCGUCACAGUCCUCAGGCUCCACCCCUUCCACUGGCCCCCAGGGCGCGGCAUCGUCAACCACCACUGGCAGCGUCUCCAGCAACGGUGCCCCGGGCAACAACGCCAACCCCUCGGGGCUGGCAUCAGGUGGCACGGGCACGACAGCUGCCUCCUCCGCCACCACCACCUCCUCAGGCCCACAGGGUGCGGGCGCCAUGGCGUCUGGCAAAUCCAGCUCCUUUGCGCCCUUCGGGAGUAUGGGUGUGCAGGGUGCCCAGGGGGCACAGGGCGGACCCAUGAACCAGCAGACGGGCGGCCAGAACAGCACCAUGCCCGGAGAUGCCAACCACGUGCCCACAGAACCACCCGAGAGCACUAUGGAGAAGGAGAAGGUGGGUGUGCCUACGGACGGAGAGUCACACGCCAUCACGUACCCUCCGGCCAUCGUCAUCUACAUCGUGGACCCCUUCUCCUACGAGGACGCGGACAGUGCCACCGCCUCGGCCCACUCCAGUGUCUGGACCCUGGGCCUGCUGCGCUGCUACCUGGAGCUGGUGCAGCACCUCCCUCCACACAUACGAAACUCCAUCUCCGUACAGAUAAUCCCGUGUCAGUACCUGCUGCAGCCGGUGCGUAGCGAGGAGCGGCACAUCUACGCGCAGCACCUCAAGUCGCUGGCCUUCUCCGUCUUCUCCCAGUGCCGCCGGCCCCUGCCCGCCUCCACCAACGUCAAGUCCCUCACCGGCUUCGGCCCGGGCCUGGCCCUCGACACCGCCCUCAAGAGCCCAGAGAGGGCAGAGUGCCUACGUCUGUACACGCCGCCGUUCAUCCUGGCGCCGGUAAAGGACAAGCAGACGGAGCUGGGCGAGACGUUUGGCGAGGCGUCGCAGAAGUACAACGUGCUCUUCGUGGGCUACUGCCUGUCCCACGACCAGCGCUGGCUGCUGGCCACAUGCACCGACCAGAACGGGGAGCUGCUGGAGACUUGCAUCAUUAGUAUAGACGUGCCCAACAGGGCGAGGAGGAAAAAGGGCUCUGCGCGAAGGCUGGGCCUGCAGAAGCUGUGGGAUUGGUGCUUGGGCCUGGUACAGAUGACAUCAGUGCCAUGGAGAGUUGUGAUUGGACGGCUCGGCCGAAUAGGACACGGAGAGUUACGAGACUGGAGUAUUCUGCUGAGCAGGAGGAAUCUGCAGUCUCUGAGUCGGCGUCUGAAGGACAUGUGCAGGAUGUGUGGCAUCUCGGCCUCCGACACUCCCAGCAUCCUCAGCGCCUGCUUGGUCGCCCUGGAGCCUCAGGGCUCCUUCGUCAUCAUGCCAGACUCUGUGUCGACGGGCUCUGUGUUUGGCCGCAGCACCACUCUGAACAUGCAGACGUCGCAGCUGAGCACGCCCCAGGACACGUCCUGCACGCACAUCCUGGUCUUCCCCACCUCCGCCUUUGUGCAGGCUGCCUCCAACUACACCACCGAGAACAUCGACAUCACCAUCAACGAUGGAUCGGACGCCAUCGGUGGCAUCUUUGACUUGCUGGAGCAGGACGAGAUCGUGGACCCCGACAUCAUCAACAUCCUCCCCGCCUCGCCCACCACCUCCCCCGUGCACUCCCCCGGCUCGCAGUACCACCACGGAGGGGACGGCAGCAAGGGCCAGAGCACUGACCGCAUGGAGUCCCACGAGGAGACCCCCAACAUCCUCCAGCAGCCCCUGGCCCUCGGCUACUUCGUGUCGACGGCCAAAGCGGGCCCACUGCCCGAAUGGUUUUGGUCAGCCUGCCCACAAGCCCAGAACCAGUGCCCUCUCUUCCUCAAGGCUUCACUGCAUAUCCACGUCUCUUCUGUGCAGUCGGAUGAACUGCUCCACAGCAAACACUCUCAUCCUCUCGACUCCAACCAGACCUCAGAUGUGCUCAGGUUUGUGCUGGAACAGUACAACGCCCUCUCCUGGCUGACUUGUGACCCUGCGACGCAGGACCGGCGCUCCUGCCUGCCCAUCCACUUUGUGGUGCUCAACCAGAUGUACAACUUCAUCAUGAACCUGCUGUAGUGCAGUGCAGCUCCGCACCGCGCCGCACCAGGCCCCCACCAACACCAAGAAGCCAGGCAGCAUUUCAGCUCUUUUAGUUGUUUUUUUUAACAAACACAAACAAAACAGAUCACCAAUUUGAAGGAAGGAACACAUCAUCCAGUUUUUUUGUGAGCAAAGGGGCAGAGGGGUCGGGUUUUGGAGGAAGCACUCGUGAGCAUGCACACAGGUCCAAACAACUCUGGACUAUUUUUUUAAUGCAACGUCAGUUGGCACAGGAGAACGCAAUGAGGAAGAGAAGUGCCCGAUUUUAUGUUUAAUUUUUUCCAAAGGCCGUGGCCAGGAUUGUGUCUGCAGAGAGGCACCCCCUUUUGAUGUCAAUGACGCUUUUGUGUAAAUUAAAAGCAAGACGUGGAUCACGGCAAGAGGGAACGAACACAUUGGAAGGAAAAUGGAAAGAUAUGGGUUUUAUUGUGGAAAGUACAGAAGCCCGGCCACUGGAGACAUAUUGACAAGACAUGAUGAAGAGUGUGAUUUCUGGCGUUGAUUUGUUUCAUCAUUGUAAUCUGAUUUUAUUUUAUUUUUUAAAAACAAACAAAAAACAAAACAAGAAAAGACAAAAAAAAGACUCCCUAUAAUGAAUGGAAAUGAAAUUGAUUGUUGGUGAUGGUGAUGCUAGCAAAAACACCCGAGCGAAUUCAUCUCGGCCUGCUGCAGGUGCUUCUGAACUCAGUCGGAUCAUGUUGGAAAUGUGUCUGUAAAUUAUUGGAAGCAAAAAGGGACAUUUCAAUCUUAAAAAGGAAAUCAAAAGGGUUUUCAGCCCCUAAAGGUUCCCUGUUUGAAUACCUGCAUUGUUCUUAUUUAUUGUAAGUUUCUAAAUGUAUAAUUUGUUUUAUUUCUUAACUUCUUUUAUAUAUGAAAUGUUCUAGAAGGUUUAUAUCGCCUUCCCUGCUUUAAAGCAAUUGGUCUAAAAAUGCGUUAUUGUCUUAAUUAAAAAAAACUACAAACAAACAAACAAAAAAACCAACAAAAAAUUAUAAUGAAGUUGCAGUAGGUUGCUUUUAGAAUAUUAUUUUUUGUAAGGGAGACAGAAAUAUUUGUAUUGUCACAUUGUACAGAAAAUAGGUCGGGGGAGGGGAGGGAGAUGUCCAUGCCUCGAUGUGCAAGUUGAGGCGGGAGGGGGAGGGGGAGGGGGGGUUCUGAUGAAUUGCAGCCAAGCUGUUGCUGAGGAGGGCAUGUACAGCAAUGAUUUCACUGUGUUUAAAAAAAAAUAAAGAGGUACAUUGUCGUAUAUAGUAUUUUAUACCACACAUUUAGACCCAGAAAAAAUGGCAAUAUAUAAAUAAUUAUAUUUGAAUUUCGUGCCAGACAUGGGUGGUGCGGCUUCUGUUUUAGGAAUAAAGUGCGUCAACUCGAA